AUGGGAUUUUUCAGAAAGUACGCCGAUUCAGCUAGUCCUGGAAACGAAGAAGCCAAAACCAGCGAUACCUUCGUUGAAGGCAGAAGCGUUGAAAAGAGCGACUUGAAGGUCGACACAGAAUCUGCUCUGGGAGAGCCUUCUGACUUGGAAGACCAGACUGAGUUUGAAAAUCCCAAUCCGUUUUUGGACCCCUUCAUAGCCGACCAUUAUCGUCAAAUCUACGAUGAAUGUGAAUACGAGUGUCGUGAAGCGUUUGAUCCACAUUUUACGUGGACCAAGGAGGAGGACAAGAAGGUGAUGAGGAAGGUCGACAGAAGAGCCAUCUUGAGCGCUUGUAUCAUGUUCUUUGCGUUGCAGGUCAACAGAGGCAAUUUGCAUGAGGCUGUGGCCGACAAUCUUUUGGAAGACUUGAACAUGAACACAAACGACUAUAAUUUGGGAAACACGCUCAACUUGUGUGCCUUUUUGUGUGCUGAGCUUCCAUCGCAGAUCAUCUCCAAAGCACUUGGACCUGACAUUUUCAUUCCCAUCCAGAUCUGCUGCUGGUGUAUUGUUUCCACCUGCCAGGGUGCCUUGACGAACAAAGCCGGUUUCUUGGUUUGCCGUGUGUUGAUUGGUCUCUUCCAGGGUGGUUUCAUCCCAGAUAUGAUCCUCUGGCUUUCGUACUUCUACAAAUCGGGCGAGUUGCCAAUUAGACUCUGGGGUUUCUGGACGGCUUUGGCUGCCACACAGACCAUCACCUCCGUUCUUGCCUAUUUCAUUCUCAGAAUGAGAGGCGUUGCGGGAUUGACCGGAUGGCAGUGGCUUUUCAUCAUCGAAGGUUCCAUCACCUUGCUUAUAGGAAUCUGGUCCUUCUACCUCAUGGUCCCCUCUGUUGUGCAAACAAAAAACAAGCUUCACCCUAAAGGUUGGUUCACUGAGCGUGAGGAGAAGAUCGUGGUGAACAGAAUCCUCAGGGACGAUCCUCUGAAGGGCGGUAUGAACAACAGACAAGCUUUGGCAUUCAAGGCCAUUCUCAGAUCCCUCAUGGACUGGAACUUGUGGCCUAUUUUCAUCAUUGGUAUUUUGGCAUACAUCCCCAUGCUGACAGUGCAGCCAUACAUGGUUUUGUCAAUGAAGGAAUUGGGAUUCAGCACCCUCGAUGUCAAUCUCCUUACCAUUCCGCUGCAUGUGCUUCAAAUCAUCUUCAUGUUUGGCAUCACCUGGCUUUCUGAAAAAUUCAACGAACGGAGCCUCAUGAGUCUUGCCAUGCCCAUAGUGACGAUUCCGUUUUUAGCAGCCAUGAGGUGGUGGCCUGGAACCAUGGAGGAUGCUUGGCUAACGUGGUAUUUCGUCACCAUGGUCCUUGCGGCGCCAUACAUUCAUGCCAUGUGCGUGGCGUGGGUUUCAAGAAACUCCAACUCCAUUGAAACCAGAUCCAUCUGCUCUGCCUUGUACAAUAUGUUUGUUCAGGCAGGCAACAUCAUUGCUUAUAAUAUCUAUCGUGAGGACGACUUGCCCAAGUACCGCCGUGGUAACCAGGAGCUUUUCGGUAUCAUGUGCGGCUUGAUUCCUGUUUUGGUGCUUACCAAGGCGUUCUAUGUGUGGAAAAACAAAAAGAGAGAGGAGGUUUGGGGGGCCAUGACGCUGGAGGAAAAGCAACGUUACAUUGCGGAGACCAGCGACAAGGGCAACAAGCGGUUGGACUUCCGCUUUGACCACUAG